CUGAUAAUUUCAUCCGACUCGCAGACAGGAUACAUGUUGCGGCCCCAUCAUUCACGGUAACCACCGUCGUUGCAAGUAAGGGAAUAUUUAGAACUUAAUUGCCUCGAACUCGAAGUAAUGCCUAACACUCCAUUUCAAAGUUGUUUCCGUUGUUAGCAUAAAAUCUGUGUACCUUUGUUUCUAUAUAAAAAACACACAAAACAACACUUCACUUCAAUCUCUGUUGUGCACACGGCAACUGCAACUUGGAAGGAGAAGAAAGAAUCUUGUAGUAAUUCAUAAUCCGUGAUCGUUUUUGUAUUGAUAAUCAGGAACAGGGUGGAGUUUGGGUACCGAAUUGAGUGACACCAAAGUUCCUGUAUUGAGAUAAAAAAAAAAAAAAAAGAUUUUGUUGUCAAGAUUAGAAACUAGUGAUGGUGGAUAAGCGGCACAAAGUUCCUGCCGUCCGUGAUUUCCCGAAAGGGUGUGGCUCAAACCCUUCAAGAACCGCACACGGUGAUGCUGUAAAGGUUGUCCCUGGGAACCAGUAUAAACGGGUUCCGGCUUUUAGAGACUUUCCUCCUUUGUGUGGACCAGAUGCUUCUUCACAUCUUAGUGAAGGUAAGGGUGAAACAGCAAUUGAUGCAGAAGAACAGGUGGAAAAGAAUGUUCAUUGUGAUGGUGGAAAGGUACUGGAUCUAGUUCAAGGUGAUUCUGGUGGGAAUGGUGUAGAAAAAGAGAAGGAGCUUGAUGUAAUUCGAACAUGUGUUACGGUUCCUAAGGAUGGCAACCGGGAUAAGGUUGAAAUGAAUUCUUAUAAUUUGAAGGUUUCAUCUCGCAGGGUGGUGCUAGCACUGAUGUCUGAAUCUGAAUGUCCAUGGAGGAAUGCUGCAAGAAAAAAGGGAAAGAAAGUCGGUUUUCGGUUGCAUGUUGACAUGUCUAAUGCGAAUACCAGGACUAGAUUCUCGUUGAAUCGGUCAAAGAAGCCUUUAAAGAAGAAAACGGGGAAUGAUAAUUCUGAAAACAUUGAUGAAUUUCAAGUUGUCAACAAAUCACAUGGUUCCAAGGUAAAGAAUCCGGCCUUUGAUCAACAUGAUUUGAUUGAUUUCAAUGGUCAUCUGGACAAUGAUUCAAGUGUGACUAGAAAUAAGGUAAGGGAAACAUUGCGCCUUUUUCAGGCGGUUUAUAGAAAGCUUGUACACGAAGAAGAAGCGAAGCUAGAAGGUAAGGCAAGUAGCUUUAGGAGUGUUGAUUUACGAGCAGCUGAGAUCCUUAUGGGCAAAGGGAAAUAUCUUAACACCAACAGGAUAUUGGGAUCUGUCCCUGGGGUCGAAGUUGGCGACGAAUUUCAGUAUAGGGUAGAGCUUGCCAUGGUUGGCCUACAUCAGCGGAUUCAAAGCGACAUAGAUUAUGUUAAGCAUAAUGGGAAGACCCUCGCCAUGAGUGUUAUCACAUUGGGAGGCUAUGAGGACGAGUUAGAUGAUUCAAAUGUCUUGAUAUACACAAGUUUGGUUGGAAAUAAUACUGAUAAAGAAGUCGAAGAUCAGAAGCUUGAGCAGUGCAACCGUGCUUUAAGGAACAGCAUUGAGGAAAAGAAUCCUGUUAGGGUGAUAAGGGCCACUGAAUCAAUGCACGGAAAGGAUAAGAAAUAUGUCUAUGAUGGACAAUAUGUGGUUGAGAAUUGCUGGCAGGAUGAGGGGCUGCACGGUUCGCCGAUUCUUAGAUAUCGGCUGCAAAGGAUCCCAGAUCAACCGGAGCCUUCUUGGAAAGAAGUAAAGAAAUCUGAAAAUUUGAGAGAUAGAGAAGGUCUAUUUGUUCAUGACAUUUCAAAUGGGAAAGAGCUAAUUCCAAUUCAUGCUCUCAACACCAUAGAUGACCAAAAUGUUCCAUCAUUUGUGUAUGUUACAAGAAUGAUAUAUCCAAAUUGGUGCAAUCCUAUUCCUCGGAAAGGCUGUAAUUGUGUUGGAACAUGUUCAGAAUCAGAGAAAUGUCCUUGUGCUGCGAAAAAUGGUGGUGAUAUCCCAUUCAACCAUGAUGGGGCCAUUGUAGAAGCAAAGCCUCUAAUCUAUGAGUGUGGACUUUCUUGCAAGUGCCCUUCAACAUGCCACAAUAGAGUUAGCCAACAUGGUGUGAAGUUCCAACUCGAAGUCUUCAAAACCGAUUCAAGAGGUUGGGGUGUGAGAUCAUUGAAUUCAAUCCCUUCAGGGAGUUUUAUCUGUGAGUAUCUGGGGGAGCUUCUUGGAGAGGAUGAAGCUGAAGAAAGAGUUGACAAUGAUGAGUAUCUUUUCGAUAUCGGCAAUAAUAACCAAAAGAGCCAUGCCCUUUGGGAUGAACUCUCAGUGGUUAUGCCUGAUGCACACUCAAAUUCUUCUUGUGAAGUUGUGGAGGAUGGUGGAUUCACCAUUGAUGCUGCACACUAUGGUAAUGUUGGAAGAUUCAUCAACCAUAGUUGCUCACCUAAUCUGUAUGCACAGAGUGUGCUUUAUGAUCAUGAUGAUAAGAGGAUUCCCCACAUAAUGCUGUUUGCGACUGAAAAUAUUCCACCAUUGCAAGAGUUGACUUAUGAUUACAAUUACAAGAUAGAUGAGGUUUUUGACUCUCAUGGGAACAUCAAGAGGAAGAAUUGCUAUUGUGGUUCCAUGGAAUGCACUGGUAGGAUGUAUUGAUUUUAAGGCCUAGUUAGGAUAAUCAAUGAAGUAUAGACUAGAGAAGUGACCGUAGCUUUCUUAUUGAAAUUUUAUUACAGUUGAAAGUUGAUUUUGAUAGUGAUCUUUUUUUCUUUUAUGUACAUAUCUGAUUGAACAAAUAGCUUAGACAAUAUGGCUGAUGCAGCAAUUUUUGUGAUUUUACCAUUUGUUGUCAUCAGAUGUCAUGAAUCCACAAUUUACAAAUUUUCAUUUUUCAGAAAUUACAA